UGCCCGCGAGGCCCCGCCCGUCCUCUCGGCUCUGCGACCGCGCCUCCGAGCUGCCCGGCAGGCUCAGGAACGUCGCAAAGGAGCUCUCAGCUCAGCCAGCUCGUGAGGAACUGAUCACAGACCUCCCUGCCUUCCUCAGAGUCCACUUUCUCCACCCCAAGGGCAUCGGAGUCUUUCGCUGCAAGGCCUUCGUCCUUCAAGCGCCAUGAGGGGCCUUCUAGGCACACCCCUGCCCUUGGUGCUGCUGCUCCUUUGGCCCUGGGAAGCCCAGUUCCAGUUCGCAGGUCCUAAGUGCCGAACGGGGCCCCUGGAUUUGGUGUUUGUGAUUGACAGCUCCCGCAGCGUCCGCCCCUUCGAGUUCGAGACCAUGCGGCAGUUCCUGGUGGGCCUCCUCCACGGCUUGGACGUGGGGCCCAACGCCACCCGCGUCGGUGUGAUCCAGUAUUCGAGUCAAGUGCAGAGCGUCUUCCCACUGGGCGCCUUCUCGCGCCGCGAGGACAUGGAGCGCGCCAUCCACGCCCUGGUGCCGCUGGCGCAGGGCACCAUGACCGGGCUGGCAAUCCAGUACGCCAUGAAUGUGGCCUUCAGUGUGGCCGAGGGGGCGCGCCCGCCGGAGGCACGUGUGCCACGUGUCGCAGUCAUAGUCACCGACGGGCGGCCGCAGGACCGCGUGGCCGAGGUGGCGGCACAGGCACGCGCCCGAGGUAUCGAGAUCUACGCGGUGGGGGUGCAGCGCGCCGACGUGGGCUCCCUGCGCGCCAUGGCGUCGCCUCCGCUGGAAGAGCACGUCUUCCUGGUGGAGUCCUUUGAUCUGAUCCAGGAGUUUGGCCUGCAGUUCCAGGGCCGACUGUGUGGGAAGGACCUAUGUGCUGAGGGGGGACAUGGAUGCCAGCACCAGUGUGUCAGCACCCCAGGCACGUUCCAGUGUGCCUGCGACCCUGGAUACCAGUUGGCAGCAGAUGACAAGAGCUGUUUGGCCAUUGACCUGUGUGCCCAAGGGACGCAUGGCUGUGAACAUUCCUGCACCAGUUCCCCAGGCUCCUAUUCCUGUCACUGCCGAAGUGGCUUUGUGCUCCAGAGGGACCAACGGAGUUGCCGAGCCCGGGACCUUUGUAAUGGUGUGGACCAUGGCUGCGAGUUCCAGUGUGUGAGCGAAGGCCUCUCCUAUCGCUGUCUCUGCCCAGAGGGACGGCAGCUCCAGGCAGAUGGCAAGAGCUGUAACCGGUGCCGGGAAGGUCACGUGGACCUGGUGCUGCUCGUCGAUGGCUCCAAGAGCGUGCGCCCGCAGAACUUUGAGCUGGUGAAACGCUUCGUGAACCAGAUCGUGGACUUCCUGGACGUGUCCCCAGAGGGCACGCGCGUGGGACUGGUGCAGUUCUCGAGUCGCGUGCGCACCGAGUUCCCGCUGGGCCGCUACGGGACGGCUGCCGAGGUGAAGCAGGCAGUGCUGGCGGUGGAGUACAUGGAACGUGGCACCAUGACCGGCAUGGCGUUGCGCCACCUGGUCGAGCACAGCUUCUCCGAGGCGCAGGGCGCGCGGCCCCGCGCCCUCAACGUGCCUCGCGUCGGCCUGGUCUUCACCGACGGCCGCUCCCAGGACGACAUCUCCGUGUGGGCGGCGCGCGCCAAGGAGGAAGGCAUCGUCAUGUACGCCGUGGGAGUGGGCAAGGCGGUCGAGGAGGAGCUGCGGGAGAUCGCCUCGGAGCCUCCCGAGCUGCACGUGUCCUACUCCCCCGACUUCAGCACCAUGACGCACCUGCUGGACAACCUCAAAGGCAGCAUCUGCCCGGAGGAGGGCAUCAGCGCGGGGACGGAGCUGCGGAGCCCGUGCGAGUGCGAGAGCCUCGUGGAGUUCCAGGGCCGCACGCUGGGGGCGCUGGACACCCUGGCGCAGAACAUGGCCCAGCUGACCGCGCGCCUGGAGGACCUGGAGAAACAGUUGACCAACCGGAAGUGAGAGCCGCGGGUGGGGGUGCCUGGGCACGGCCUGCCUGGGCACGGCCUCACGCACGGUGUCCCCUGGUGUCCCCUCGCCUGGCCCCGGGCUUGCGCUGUCGCCAGGAGGUGCUGGCGAGCUCCCGGUGCUGCGCUCGAGCUG